UUUUUACCGUUGGCUCUGUUUCUCGGCGGUGUGUGGGAAAGUGGGGUUAAUCCGGGGUAAUCCUCUGCCGGUUGAAAUUUGGGCACCCCAGACCUGGAUCGAGGUUACGGGGAAGGAGGAGGGGGUGCAGGUCAGCGCCCGCCUCCCAGCGCGCCUCGUCACCAUGCCUCGCAAAAUUGAGGAAAUCAAGGACUUCCUGCUCACAGCCAGGCGAAAGGAUGCCAAAUCUGUCAAAAUCAAGAAAAAUAAGGAUAAUGUGAAAUUUAAAGUUCGGUGCAGCAGAUACCUUUAUACCUUGGUCAUCACAGACAAAGAGAAGGCAGAGAAGCUGAAGCAAUCCCUGCCCCCAGGUUUGGCGGUGAAGGAGCUGAAAUGAACCAGAUGUGCUGAUUUGAACUGUAUUAAAAUUUUAAAAAUUCUUAA